AUCUGAAAAAACCCUCAUUUCCCACUUUUCAAAUUUCAAACCAAAAACCCUCCCCCUCAAAUUUCCCCAUACCCAAAUUCUCAAUUACCCUCCCAAACCAUACCCACCUCUCGAUUUCGAUCCAUGGCGUCUUUGGGAUCCGAACCCGGAUCCGACGCCGACGAGCUGGAGACCCAAGUGACCGAAAUGGCCGAGAAGAUUCUCGAGUUCCGAGCCACUGUGUCGGAACAGCUCAAGAACACGCUGCCGUCCAUUAUCGAAGCUGGGAGGCCCGUUUUGGGUGAUGGGUCGGAGCCUGGGACUUCCGGAGCUCCGGUUGAAGGACAGAUUGCUUCUGAUAAGGAUGCGUUAGGGGAUCAGACGUAUCAGAAAAUAAAUUUGCUUAGAGACAAAGUAUCACGUAAUGUUGCUGCGCUGCCGAUUGUGUUGAAGAGGUUGAAGGAGUGUAUGUCUAAUAUUGACAAACUGGAUUCUCAAAACACAUUCAUACAUCCUGCAUUCAAACGGAAAAGGACUAGCUAGCCCAAGUUGCAACAUAUGAUUAGUAGGGAAUACUGUGAAACACACUAACAGAAGCUUCUUUGUGAUGAGAUAUACAACGAAACAAUCUGUUAUUGAUUGAGAGUGUGACGUAGCUGCUUGAAGAUUGAUUGAAUCUAAUUGUUACAAUGAAGCAUGCCAGUGUGUAGUUGCUAACAUGUCAUUGUGUUUACGAGAUUUGAUUGUGAUGUAAUUACUCAAAAAGAGGAUUGAAUUGAAGUGUCGUAGCAGUGCUGCAAUGUGUGUUAACAAGUAUUCCUAAUAUGCUCGUAUAUCUGAUCUGGUUGUCAACUAGAAGUGCUGAAGAGGAGGAAAUUGAAAUGCAGAUAUUCCUCUUAUUCCUGUUUCCCGACUUUCCAUUAA